GUCCGCCCCUCUGCAACUUCUUCGUUUUGAAAAAUUAAUUUAAUUUCUUUCUUUUUUUUGCUAUUUAUAUACAGAAAGAGGGAGAAAGCUCCAGUCUUUCAAGCUAUGGGCAGCACCUUCCUCUCCAUUCCAGCCAAGCGAGCCAUGCCCGACCCUAAUCCCACCUCCCUCAACGGCCUCUCCAAGCGCUCCAAGCCGUCUCACCCUCUUCCCUCUGUCCCCCCUGGUCACGUCUCCUUCCGCCUCCUCUGCCACGCGUCUCGCGUUGGUGGUGUGAUUGGGAAGGCUGGGACUGUCAUCAAGCAGCUCCAGCAGUCUACAGGUGCCAAGAUCCGAAUUGAAGAAGCCCCGCCUGAAUGUCAGGAUAGGGUCAUUACUGUUACAGGGCCGAGCGCUGUUAAUACCAAGCUUGUGCUGAAUUCUGGUGGGUUUGGUAGUGGUGGGAGUGGGAGUAGGAGUGGCGGGAAUGGUCAGGAUGAGGAAGUCAAGGUGUCCAAGGGGCAGGACGCGUUGAUUAGGGUGUUUGAGAGGAUUCUGGAGGUGGCGGCGGAGAGUAAUGGAGUGGCGGUGGGGGUUGUAUCGUGUAGGUUGUUGGUGGAGGCGAGCCAGGCUGGGAGCGUGAUAGGGAAAGGGGGAAAGAUUGUGGAGAAGAUAAAGAAGGAGACUGGAAGCAAGAUUAGGGUUUUGACAGAUAACUUGCCUGCUUGCGCAGCUGCCACGGAGGAGAUGGUAGAGCUUGAAGGGGAUGUUUUAUCUGUAAAGAAAGCACUUGUUGCUGUGUCUCGCUGCCUCCAAGAUUGCCCAUCGUCUAAAACAAGGAUUACUGAGAGCAGAACUACAGAGACAGUUCCCCAGGAGACACUACACAGACAUAUUGAUGUAAUUCCCCAGGAUACUCUACAAAGACAUAUUGAGGUACUUCCCUUUGAGACUUUAUGCAGACCAGUUGAGGCAGUUCCUCAGGGGAUCUUGCAUAGACCUAUUCACUCAGUUACCCAUGAAACUCUGCGAAGACAUACUGAGGCAGCUCCACAGGGGAAUUUGCCUGAUGUGCUUAUAGAUCGUCUUUCACAGCAUAGUUCUUUGGGACCUAGUCUGUCCAGCAGCUCAAUCAGUUCAAGAGUUUAUCCUCUGUCACUAGAGUCUGAGAAGGCUCAGCAGGAAUUGACUUUUAAAAUUCUUUGUUCCAAUGAAAAGGUUGGUGGUGUAAUUGGAAGGGGAGGUGCCAUUAUCAAGUCUCUUCAGAGUGAGACAGGUGCUUCUAUAACUAUUGGAGCUUUAAUAGCUGAUUGUGAUGAACGGUUAAUAACUGUUACUGCAUCAGAGAAUCCAGAAUCACGGUAUUCUCCAGCACAAAAGGCUGCUGUCCUUGUUUUUGUAAAGGCAUUAGAGUCUGGCAUUGAAAAAGGGCUAGAUUCAGGCUCCAAGGGCUCAACUGUCACUGCUCGGCUUGUAGUUCCCUCAAAUCAAGUUGGUUGCUUAUUGGGAAAAGGAGGAAUAAUAAUUACAGAAAUGCGCAAGGUAACUGGAGCUGGAAUACGGGUUCUUGGGGCUGACCAGGUCCCCAAGUGCAUUAAAGAGAGUGAUCAAGUAGUACAGAUUUCGGGAGAGUAUAUGAAUGUGAAAGAUGCUAUAUAUCAUGUUACUGGUAGACUGCGAGAUAAUCUAUUUUCAAGCACCCUGAAAGGUGGUGGGGCGAGAAGCACUUCCACUGUAUUUGCUGAGACCAGUCCAUGUGGAAGGCUUAUGGAUUCUGAGCCUCUUGGAUUGCACUCACCAGGCGGUGUUUCCCAUAAUCUUGGACAACGUACUACUAUUGCACAUAGUUUGGAUCAUCUUGAACUAUCCCAUGGCUUAGAUUGUAGUUUAGAUUGCUCUCUUUCGCCUAAACCAUGGGCACCAGAGACUAUUACCAUAGCAAACCCAAGGGCCAUUGCUGAAGUUGGUAGAGGAUUGACCUCUUUUAGAGGUGGCUUGGAACUUGGCAGUGGAAGCAAAUCUGCCAUUGUGACAAAUACAACUGUAGAAAUCAGAGUCCCUGAGAACGUCAUUGGUUCUGUUUAUGGGGAGAAUGGUAGAAAUCUACUUCGCCUAAGAGAGAUUUCUGGUGCCAAGGUCAUAGUGCAUGAACCUCGCCUAGGAACAAGUGACAGGAUUAUAGUCAUAUCUGGAACACCCGAUGAAACCCAGGCAGCUCAAAGCCUCCUCCAAGCAUUCAUCCUCACUGGACCUUCACGAUGAAUAUAUUUCUCAUUGAAACAUAUGAACAAUGUUGCUUUUAACAUAUGGAGAAGAUAAACUUCAAGCUGUUGCUUUUGUAGCUGAUUUUUCAUUUCAUUGCAGUGUAUCCUAAUCCUAGCUUACAUAUGAACCUUGUCUUCUUGAAAACAAUUACUCUAACCAAUUUCUUGUUCACUGUUUCAAAAAUUUUAUUAUCAUUUUUCUUUGUUAAAUUUUGUUUUGGAUUUCUGCUUUAAUAAUUAUACCCAAGGUGAAAGAAAAAGAUGUCAGCUUGUAUUCAGAGAAGGGAAGAAUGUGUGUGUGUGUGAGCUUGUAUUCAGAGAAGGGAUUGAAGGGAAGGAUGUGUGUGUGUGUGUGUUGGGGGCUUUUGGCAGCGGAAAAUUUUUUAAACUAAAUAGUCUGCACGACAACGACAUCACAAUUGAACCUUCACUCACAGUUUUACCCAAUUUGAGCAUACAAAAGAACAAGCACUCAACAGCAUUGAAAUUUGAAAAACUGUCCGUAGUUGUAGAGUUUUGUUGAAACUGUAUCUGGGAAUAAGAUACAUUCCAAACCUAGGGAAAAAGGAUACAUAACUAACAGUUGAUUCUUUGAAUUGUACUGCUUGAAGACUGAUUCUUGCAGGAAUUUGAUCAGGUAAAUUCCAUCUUUCACCUUAGAAAAUGAAGUAUUUUCUCGUCACCUGGAUGACCUUUCCAGGAUGAAUUUGGAAUUUCAUGCUUAAGGAACAAAAGUGAGAAACAUAGAAUAUAGAUACAAAGAUAAU